CUGUAGAAGCCGGCACCUGUCAGUCACACACUCAUCUGACUGACAGACAGUACUCACACUUGUUUCUACUUGUGGACAAUUUAAAACUUUUGUUGUGUUUUUCUGGAAGUGAUGGAGAAUCGAGAAAUAUCAAACAUCUUCCAUCAAUUUUGGAAGUGGACCCAGAGGAACCGUGAUGACGGCGAACAAACUGGGGCUGAGAGGGCUGCAUUAAUUCAACACGCAGAAAGGCUGUGCGCUGCGGUGAAAGCCCGAAAUGAUGCUGUUCUGGAGAGACUGGGCCUCUCCGUUUUGGAUGUCACCCUGCCCUCACCUCAACCACCAGCUUUUCCCAGAAGAGGUACAAAACCCUCUCGGCGAGGAAGGAGGAUCAGCCCUCUUUUAGAUGUAUCUAGUUUGAACGUGGAGGACAUCGACAGAAACCAGAAGAGUCCUGAAAGUUUGGAUGAGGAGGAUGACUCUUUCUGGGACAAGGUGCUUCUUGGUAGUCAGAUGGCUGCACUUACAUGUAAGGAGGCUCAGAUGGCAAACAGAGACCAGAGCCCAACUGUAUCCAUCAGUUCUGUGUACAGCCUCAGCUCUGUAGAUACUCACACACCCAACGAGCUGAGGGCCAUUUCUCUGAUUAGAAACCCUGUUGAGUUUACAACAUUCAAACCAACUCCUCCUCCUCCUCGAGCUGUUCCACUAUCCAGGAGAAGAGUCUCUCGUCUGCCUGUGUUUUCUGCCAAACUCAGUGGAGCAGACAAGGAGGUCGCCGAUGGAUGUAGGCUCCAAUCGGCUAAAAAUAAGGUUGAGGCUAUUGUGGAAAGACUGGAGCGCUUCCAGCUCCACUCCGUCCCUUCACCUCGGCCCCCAGUGGCUGCCAAGAGGACCCCUGUGGUGACGCCUUUGGCCCCAACCCCUCCAACAGUUCCCCAAACCAAGAGAAGAGGAUCUCGACCCGGGAAGAUCCUGCGCCCUGCAAAGGCUGUCAGUGGAGCAGGCAAGAAGACAACCAGUGACUGCACCCUCCAGACUGCAAAUGAUAAGAAGGUUGAGCUGCAGCCAUUGACCAAACCUGCGGAGAGCCUGUCUCUUUGCUUCAAGCUGCUCUCCUCAGACGACUGGAUGAAGAAAAUGGACGGCUUGAAAACCAUGCAAGCUCUGGCGCAGCACCACGCAGAGACCCUGAAGACCAAACUCCAUGAAGUGUGUCUGGCCCUCAUUGAGGAGGUGAAAAACUUACGCUCGGUAGUGUCAUGUGAGGCUAUGAACACCUUAGCUGAGCUAUGUGUUCACCUCCAGAAGGCCAUGGACCCAGAGGCAGAGGGAACAGGCCGAGCCCUGCUGCUGAAACUGGCACAGACUACAAAUGCCUUUAUUCAUCAGCAGGCUAAUCUUGCACUAGAUGCCAUGGUGCAAAACUGCAGCCAUGGUCGGAUUGUGAGCACUCUGUUGAACACAGGGCUGAGCCACCGUUGUGUUGCAGUAAGAGGGAGCAUGGCACAACACCUGCACCUGCUGGCUGACAGCCUUGGAGCAGCUGGCAUCUUGACAGCAGGAAGGAGCUUCACUGGGCGCUUCCUUAUUGCCGUUUCUAAAAUGUCUGUGGAUGCUGCACCAGAAGUGAGGCACCACGGACAAAUAAUCCUCCAGGAACUAGCCCUCCACAAGGACUUUCUGAACCUGUGGACAAAGAUUGUUCCUGAAAAAGAAAGACGAUCUCUCAACAAGAUCUUAAAGAAGGCCAAGAAAUAAAAUGGAGGAGAUCUGCAAUAUUUCAGUGUUCCAUAUAUUGCUAUUGCUAUUCUAGUUUUUGAUAAUAAAUGUUUCAACAAAA